CUUCCUUGUAGCUGAGGCUCAUAUGACUGCAGCACAGCCAUGGGGAGGAUGGUUGCUCUAACUCUGAUAACUUUUUUUGGAGCAAUAAUAUGUUGUUCCUGGACAAAAAGCAUACCAAACGCUCCAACUCCAAACAUUAUCAUCAUGCUCAUGGAUGACAUGGGCUGGGGGGACUUGGGGGUGUUUGGCCAGCCUUCUAAAGAGACCCCCAAUCUGGAUGCCAUGGCAGCUGAAGGCAUGCUCCUACCAAACUUCUACACUGCCAACCCACUGUGCUCCCCCUCUCGAGCUGCACUUCUCACCGGGAGGCUGCCCAUCAGAAAUGGUUUCUACACUACUAACGCCCAUGCCAGAAAUGCAUACACACCACAGGAGAUAGUAGGAGGUAUAUCCAAGGAUGAGAUUUUGUUACCCCAGCUGCUGAAGACAAAGGGCUAUGUCAGCAAGAUAGUUGGCAAGUGGCACCUGGGCCACAGACCACAGUAUCUUCCUCUGAAGAACGGUUUUGAUGAAUGGUUUGGUUCACCAAACUGCCACUUUGGCCCUUAUAACGACCAGUCGAAACCCAACAUCCCUGUCUACAACAACUCUGAGAUGCUCGGCAGAUUCUAUGAGGACUUUAAGAUUGACAGAAAUACUGGAGAGUCAAACCUCACACAGAUCUACCUGAUGGAAGGUCUUGACUUCAUACUUCGUCAAACUAAAGCUCAGCAGCCCUUCUUCCUCUACUGGGCAGUCGAUGCCACUCACGCCCCCGUCUAUGCCUCCAAACGCUUCUUAGGGAAGAGCCAGCGAGGCCGCUAUGGCGAUGCGGUGAUGGAGCUGGACUACAGCAUCGGUCAGAUUUUGAAGUGGCUGCGAACUCUUGGUAUUGACAAUAAUACCUUUGUCUUCUUCACCUCGGACAACGGUGCAGCUGUUAUGUCUGGCCCCAAUGAAAGUGGCAGCAACGGACCCUUCCUCUGUGGGAAGGAGACCACCUUUGAGGGAGGCAUGAGGGAGCCUGCCAUUGCUUGGUGGCCUGGGCACAUCAAAGAAGGCUCAGUGAACUUCCAGUUGGCCAAUGUCAUGGACCUGUUCACCACUAGUCUGGUUCUCGCUGGCAUCAACCCUCCUGAUGAUCGAAUCCUAGACGGACUGGACCUAACACCUGUUUUGCUCAACUCCUCCCAGCCACUCAAAAACAGGCCAAUAUUUUAUUACCGUGGGAAUGAACUGAUGGCUGUGAGGCUUGGACAAUACAAAGCACACUACUGGACCUGGAGCAACUCAUGGGAGGAGUUUAAAAAGGGCAUAAACUUCUGUCCAGGUGAAGAGGUGCCAAAUGUGACUACUCACGAGCAGAAGGAGCACACACUCCAGCCACUCAUUUUCCACCUGGGGCGGGAUCCUGGAGAAAAGUUCCCUCUCAGUGUUCUGUCUAAGGAGUACCAGGACGCUCUGAGCAGGAUAUCUGCAGUUGUGCAGCAGCAUAAAGACACUCUGGUGCCCGGCAUUCCCCAGCUCAACAUGUGUGACAUUGCAGUGAUGAACUGGGCCCCCGCUGGCUGUGAGAAGUUGGGAAAGUGUCUGAAACCGCCCGAGUCUAACCCCUGGAAGUGCGACUGGCCACACUGAGAGCACUGUACUGGACUAGACGCCAACAUGAGGAACUAAAACCUGAAGAUGUGCCAAGCCAUAGAAUAGGACACAGCCUCUGUGUGUAAAGGAAUGUAUUUUUGAACUCUCUGUGUUUUUGUACAAUGUUUAAAGAAAAGAACAUUCAGUCAAAUCAGGGAAAUAUGUUUGCAAACACGACUGCAGUUAUUUUUAUAUCUGUGUGUUUUAAUGAGCCAAUUCUAUUUCAACUUGCUAUGAAACGGAAGAAAGACAGAUUUUAUUGGUGUAGAUCAAGGAUGCCAAACUCAUUUUACAUUGUGAGCCACAUACAUCCCACCUUAAUUUGAAGUGAGCCAUACCAGUGAAACUUCCCUUUCUGUCUUUAAUUACACAUUUAAUCCUUGAGAUAUCUUAAUAUGAGCAAUGGAAGUGCAAUUUCAGCAGCGUUUAUCAGGUUUUUUUCUACGUGGUAAAGAAAUGCUGCUCAAGUUAAUGAAAGAAAUCUGUCAGCACUCUUACACUGUAAGAAAUAAAUUGUACGGGCUUAAAUUGUGAGAAAUAAAGGUGUAAAAUUGGAUGUAAAAAGAAAA